CGGCGCCUCACGCUGCAACCAGCCCAAAAGUCGCAUCUCCCACUGGCUUCCCCUCUUGCUCCUGCACCACCAUCACCAUCAUCACCACCACCACUACCACUGCUUCUGUCCUCUUGUUGUUCAGCGUCCUCUCGUCGUUUCAACCAGCACUCCUAUUCCACAAUGGCCGAAAUUGUUCACCCCACCAUCAAGGAUGGCUGGUUCAGAGAGAUCUCUGAAAUGUGGCCUGGCCAGGCCAUGACUCUUCGCGUCAAGAAGGUCCUGCACCACGAGAAGAGCAAGUACCAGGAUGUCCUCAUCUUCGAGUCCACCGACCACGGCAACGUCCUCGUCCUCGACAACGUCAUCCAGUGUGUCGAGCGCGACGAGUUCUCCUACCAGGAGAUGAUUACCCACCUGGCCAUGAACUCCCACCCGGACCCCAAGAAGGUCCUUGUCAUCGGCGGUGGCGACGGCGGUGUCCUGCGCGAGGUUGUCAAGCACGAGUGCGUCGAGGAGGCCACGCUCUGCGACAUUGACGAGGCCGUCAUCCGCCUCUCCAAGGAGUACCUUCCCCACAUGGCCGAGGGCUUCAAGCACCCCAAGUCCAAGGUCCACGUUGGCGACGGCUUCAAGUUCCUCGAUGACUACAAGAACGCCUUUGAUGUCAUCAUCACCGACUCGUCCGACCCCGAGGGUCCCGCCGAGAGCCUCUUCCAGAAGUCGUACUUCCAGCUGCUGCACGACGCCCUCCGCCCCGGCGGUGUUAUUACCACCCAAGCCGAGAACCAGUGGCUGCACCUGCCCCUGAUCACCCAGCUCAAGAAGGACUGCGGUGAGGUCUUCCCGGUGGCCGAGUACGCCUACACCACCAUCCCGACCUACCCGUCGGGCCAGAUCGGCUUCAUGGUCUGCACCAAGGACGCCGACCGCGACGUCAAGAAGCCCCUCCGGUCAUGGAGCCCCGAGGAGGAGGCCAAGCUGUGCCGCUACUACAACGCCGAGAUCCACAAGGCCAGCUUCGUGCUGCCGACCUUUGCUGCCAAGGCCCUUGCCAAGCAGUAGACUGAUGGCCUGCGGGAGGAAUUGCAUAGCUGCUGGACCUUGGGAAACAAGAUUGAUAGUGCAGAUCGAGGCUGAAGGAUAGCUGCCCCGAUUAUCUUGGAAAGAUCGGAGCAUGCAAAGUGGUCACGCAGCUGUCGAGGUCGCAACUAGAGACGGCCCAAAGUACCAAUGCGGCGAGUGGUAACUCCAGGCUGAAAAAAAAAGGAAUAAAAAAAGAACAAAAAUGAUCAGAGCA